AUGCGGUCAUCGCAGGAGAGGACAGGGACUUGUGAAGUGGUUGCUGCUCAUCGUUGCUGCAAUAAGAACAAGAUUGAGGAACGCUCUCAAACUGUCAAGUGCUCCUGCUUCCCAGGACAGGUGGCGGGGACAACGAGGGCUCUGCCCUCUUGUGUGGAAGCCUCUAUUGUUCGUCACAAGUGGUGGUGUAAAAUGGAGCCGUGUCUGGAAGGGGAAGAGUGCCGAGUUCUCCCUGACCUCACUGGUUGGUCAUGCAUCUCUGGAAAUAAAGUAAAGACCACAAAGGUGGCGCGGUAGCAAGACAGGAGCUCCAUCUAAUCAGUACAAGCCUGUAAGUAACACUGGACUCUGAAGACAGUGAACGCCCCAUCAGAUAGAGCAAAGAACAAUAUAGAUUUAAUUAGAUAUCUCCUGGCUAAGCUUUAAACUGCAGGAACACAUUAUUUUAAUUUCCUUUUUGUUUGAACACAAUUUUGGUUAGUGUUAAUCCCAUGCAGUGGACAAUCUAAUAGCAACUGACUAAAGAUAAAAUGAAGCAGCACCCUUAAGCAGUCCAAACAGGCAGCGACUGCAAAGGACUGUAUCGCUAUUUCCGUGCUUGAUAUGCUGGGCACUAUGUGAUGCACUCAAUCAAAGUUUGGACGGGGCCUGCUGGCAGACACUUAAAAAGAGAUUUUGUGGAUUUUCCGGCAGCAGAAUGUGAAUCCAGUCAGUUGCUUGUGACUUUCUCCGCCGAUCAAAGCAGAGGACCACAAAUACUGAGAAAUUUAUGAUUGUGUAGCAUUUGUAAGCAAUGCUGUCCUGUAGACUUACUCUGAGCAUUGUAAAGAGGUCCGAUCCCUUUGGACAACUCCUUACCACAAAGAGGCACCCUCCCAAACACGCCUGCACACACACACACACACACACACACACACACACACACACACACACACACACUGCUUUUCAUCUCCACUGCUUGGACAGGCCACCACCUGCAAGGCUGUGAUGGCAUGCACACAAGCAUGAAGCGCUGAUGCAAAACAAGGACUGUUUGAAAUGCUAAUCAUGGGCAGAAAAGGGAGAGAGAGAAGAGAAGAGGAGCUUCUUCACUGCUGAGAGUAUUUACAUCAUGCUUUUGUUUGUCUCUCUAAACUGAAUACUCCUGUGGAGUGAACUCCGUUCAUAGUAAUGAUAGCAACAUUGGAAAUUCUCUGCCUUGAAGCAAAUUGUAGCCACCAACAGAACAGAAUAUUUACCGUUAUUGCAUUAUAUCAGUUGUCCUCUUCAUAUGAAUAAUAUCCUAUUCCUUCUGGACUACCCCUCUUUUAUCUCUUUAGUUCAAUCAGACA